AUGAUUCUGCCAGUGGUGUUCCUGUGUCUCACAGCUGUGCUGCCUUUGUCUGCUGGAGAGGAACCUGUUGGUUUUGAUGCUCUGUCAACCAGCAAAGCAGAUCAGAGAAAGCUGAUUGUUGACAGACAUAAUACCCUCAGGAGAGGAGUAAAACCAACUGCCAGCAACAUGUUGAAGAUGGAAUGGUGUCCUCUGGCUGCAAAAAAUGCCCAAAAAUGGGCCAAUCAAUGUAGUUUAAGUCACAGUCCUUCUUACAUGAGGAGAACCACUGUACAAUGUGGUGAAAAUCUCUUCAUGUCAUCUGCCCCUUUCUCAUGGAUAGAUGCUAUUCAGGCCUGGUACAAUGAGGAGAAAGAUUUCAAAUAUGGAAUCGGAGCAAAAACAGAAGGUGCUGUGAUUGGCCAUUACACUCAGAUGGUUUGGUACAAUUCUUAUCAAAUAGGAUGUGCUGUGGCUUUCUGUCCCAACAGUAAAUACAAAUACUUUUAUGUCUGCCAGUACUGCCCCACGGGGAAUCUAAAAAGUUCAAUUCGGACACCCUACAAAAAAGGACAACCCUGUGGUGAUUGCCCUAAUGCUUGUGAGAAUGGAUUAUGCA